AUGAACGUUCAACUUCUUACCCUUGUUCUGCUCGUCCCCAGCGCCAUUGCCAUCCCUGCCAAUAUUCAAAGCGAAAAUAUCCUAGAACGUCGAGCAACAUGCAAAACCUUUCAGCUCUACAAGAACCCUGAUAGCGUUUCCGGCGGAAGCCCUGGUCAUGUCGGUCAUUCAGCGUGUUGCUGUGCCAGUGCCCAAUGCGUGCUACAUGAUUACACGGAUGAUGUUGGAGCUGAUUGCAACAUGGUUACCUCGUCGCUUGGUUGUGAUUGGGAGAUUAUCUCGGGCUCGAACCAGGCCGUUGGCAGCUUAGAUGUGAACGGGGCUACGUAUACUGUCGCAGGUUUAGGAGGUUGCUAG